UUUAUAAUGAUUAUAAAAAAGAUUUUGACCAAUUUUUAAAAGUUAGGCAAUUCGUUGACAAACUUUAAUUUAACCGCUGAGUUCGCAUCAACCUACACGUGGUCUUUGCUUAUGUCAGUUAAUGAACUUGCUGAUAAAACUUUGAAAAGAUGACCGAGAGACCAGUGUUAACACCGCAACAAGAACGGAAAACAUUAAGUGCGAAAAAAGUCAAAAAGAGACCACUUAAACAUACGUUGAUCACACCUUAUGACACGAAAUAUCGGCCAACUGCCUCUCCUGACGAUAAUGAAAAGAUAUUAAAUAUUCUUUCUACUCUACCAAGACUAGUGCCAGAAAAAUCAUCAACAUUAUGGUCAAGUAUAAAAGACAUUCCAAAAGACAAGCGAAAAGAAUUCAGGGCUCAAAACCAAGAAAAACUUCCUAAACAGUCAGCAAUAAGACAGAAGUUAGUCAUGGGUAUUAACAAGGUCACAGAAAAUCUAGAAAAUAAUAAUAUAGAUUGUGUUAUGUUGACAUCAGAUAUUCAACCAUUUUAUAUGGCACAACAUAUCUUAGACCUGUGCAUUGUUGGUAGUGUUCCUGUGUUAAUCAUAGAAGAUUUAAGAAAAGAAUUAAAUAAUACAUUAGGGAUAGCUAGUACAUGUCUAGGUAUUAUAAUCAAUCAUAAACAUGAGAUUCUUGCUGAUUUGUGUAAAGCUGUUAGAAAUGGUUGGGAAAAUAACCCACCACCAGAUGAUCAUUCACUUAACAUAAAACAAGAUAGUUGCAUUAUUGCUGAUGACAAAGAGUUUAAUGUUUUAAAGAAAGCACAGAAUACUACAAAAGACAAAGUUGAGAAAAAAGUUGAAAAUUGUAGAGACUUGCAUUUAGUGAGAACUGAUACAAAAUCACGAGUUUAUGUGCCUCAGAGAAUAAAGAGGAACAAUUUGUUUAAUGCCGAUUUCAUUAGAUUCAGUGGCCAACAAGCAGAAGUAAGUAAAAGCUUGAUUGGAAUGCAAGUUGGUAAAAUGAUUAAAGAUAAAUGGCGUGUGAAAAAUGAAAAAAGACAAAAACGCAAUUUAGCGAAGGGACAAAAGCCAAAGACACAGUUUAAUAGAUUUAAACCAGUUCUACAUCAACAAAACCAACCGAAAAAGAAGAAAAAUAAAUAAAUAUUAAUUGUAUAGUGAA